AGCGACGCAGCGAACAGAAAGCCCAACCAGGACGGCUACGAAUCCGACGCCAUGUCGACCGCCAGCGGAAGCGCCCCCGAAGAGGCGCACCGCUGCGUUCGCUGUCAGACACUUGUACAAGAGAACGUCGUUCUUCACGCCGAAGUCGAGGUUCUUCGCUUGCGCUGCAAGAACCUACAAGAGGAGAACAAAGCCCUGAGGCGUGCCUCCGUGUCUAUCCAAGCUCAGGCAGAGCAGGAAGAGGAGUACAUCUCUAACACAUUGAUGAAGAAGAUUCAGGCGCUAAAGAAAGAGAAAGAGACGUUAGCUGUCAAUUACGAACAAGAAGAGGAAUUCUUGACCAACGACCUUACCCGUAAGCUAAACCAGUUGAGACAGGAGAAGGUGGAGUUGGAGCAGACGUUGGAGCAAGAGCAGGAGUAUAAGGUCAACAAACUGAUGAAGAAGAUCGAGAAACUGGAGGGUGAGACCACGAGCAAGCAGAGCAGUCUAGAGCAGCUCAGACGGGAGAAAGUAGACUUGGAAAACGCCUUAGAGCAGGAACAAGAAAUGCUGAUGAAUCGUCUGUGGAAGAGAAUGGAUCGACUGGAGGCCGAGAAAAGAAUGCUCGAAGAACGACUAGGACAGCUAACUACACCUCCACCUUCACCCUUGCCGCCUGACCAGAACACGGCCACCUUAUCCGGCCGAGUCAAGGAACUUCAAGGUGAAGUCAAACGGCUGACAAGGCAGUUGAAUGAAGUCGAAGCUAGAAAUUUAGAAAAAACGGCUGCAUUCGAGGAAGAAGAAAAAGCCAUACAGGAAGAGAACGUUCGCCUACAGCGACGACUAAUAUUGGAGAUUGAAAGACGCGAGAAUCUCAGCAGGCAAUUAUCUGAAAGCGAGUCGAGCCUAGAAAUGGAAGACGAGCGUCACUUCAAUGAAUAUGCCAAGGACUUGUGCCGAUCCAGAAGUGCAAGUUUUGGUCACGAACGUAGUGCUUCGAUGAGCAGCCUCGGGGUGAGAGAUAAAGCCCCUCUUGCACUUGAUCGUAGCAGCAGCUUCAAUCGUGACGGAAAGGACGUACCGUUGCCUGCUACACGUCACUCCUUGGGUCGACCAUCAAGCCCAGUGCCACACCACUCACCAACUGGGCGUCGGUCGGCAUCACCUGCAUUCCUCAACACCAAUGCAUUCACUCCUCCGUCUCCAUACACAAGUCGACACCACACCUACGGCAUGGUCAAUUCACCUACAUCAUUGGUCUUCACAUCGUCAGCCUUUCCAUCAUCGGCUUCAGGCUUCGCCAAGCCCAAACAGUCAAGACCGAAAGGAAGGCAGGUCCAACACUCACGAGCCAAUCAAAAAUCCGGCCACCACUAGUUGUCUAUAGAUCUGGGUUGUGAUGUCGUCAGGGUGUGUUGAGAGCAUCGUGUUUCAUACAACGGGACGUUCCACGGGUUUCAUUUGUGUCAGAUUCAGUUGUACUAUUAGUGAACUUGAAAAAACUGAUCAAUAUUGCUAACCAGACUGCUUGUAGAUCAUUCGUCGGCCUCAGACGACUACUGUAUUCUGAGUUUGCCGAUGUAAUAGUUAGGAUAUGAAGUUAGAGUAACAGGUUGAGUCUUAUGUACACUUUACAUAGUGUGUGGCUCUCUGAGCUUGAGUAACUAGCGUAAAAUGAAAUAAAGCAUCAGUCUUACUGGUUUA